AAACAACCCCUUUCGGCUUGCACCUUCACGAGGUCGACUGUUUUUCCUCUGUUUAGGGAGGAACAGCCCGGCUUUCUCGCUCUUUCGGCUUACUUUAUAUAAACAACUCCUAGCCAUGAAACUUGUUCGCCGCGACAUCGAACCAAACGGUCCGGGAAGCAUCAAGAUAAUCCCGGAGGAGGAAGAUGACAUGUGGCACGCCUACAACCUCAUCUCUGCAGGAGACCUAGUUCAAGCUGUCACAGUUAGGAAAGUUGUCAGAGAGCUGGCAUCCGGCGGAAGAGAUUCUGAACGUGUGAAGUUAAAGCUGGAAAUUAAUGUUGAGAGUGUAGAUUACAAUAAGGAGGGUUCGAUCUUGCGGAUACGUGGCAAGAACAUCUUGCAGAAUGAACAUGUGAAGAUAGGCCAAUUUCAUACACUUGAAGUUGAACUACAUAGGCCAUUUGUGCUAAGGAAGGAUAUAUGGGAUUCAUUUUCACUCGAUAUACUUCACCAAGCCUGUGAUCCUGCUGCAAGUGCUGACCUGGCUGUUCUUUUGAUGCAAGAAGGUUUGGCUCAUAUGUUUCUAAUUGGAAGGAGCAUAACAACAACUCGCUCUCGAAUUGAAACUUCUAUUCCAAGGAAGCAUGGUCCAGCAAUUGCUGGUUAUGAAUCAGCUCUGAAAAAGUUUUUUGAGAAUGUUCUACAGUGUGUGUUAAAGCAUGUUGAUUUUAAAGUUGUUCGAUGUUUAGUGAUUGCAAGUCCAGGCUUUACAAAGGAUCAAUUUCGUGACUAUUUACUAUUAGAGGCUGAACGACGUUCGCUAAGACCAAUAAUUGAGAAUAAGUCUCGCCUUGUUCUCGCACAUUCAACGUCUGGUUACAAGCAUAGCUUGAAAGAGGUUUUGGAUGCCCCUGGUGUUAUGAACUUGAUAAAGGAUACAAAAGCAGCUCAGGAGGUUCGAGCUUUGAAAGACUUUUUUGACAUGCUUUCAGAUGACACGUCCCGUGCAUGCUAUGGCCCUAGACAUGUUGAAGUAGCAAACGAGCGAAUAGCUAUUCAAACUCUUCUAAUUACAGAUAGCCUUUUCAAAAACGCAGAUGUGUUAACAAGGACGAAAUAUGUCAAUUUGGUUGACUCCGUAAAGAACUCUGGAGGCUCCGUCCAUAUUUUCUCUUCGAUGCAUGUCUCUGGAGAGCAGCUGGCGCAACUAACAGGUAUUGCGGCUAUCCUUCGCUUUCCCUUACCUGAUUUGGAUGACAUUGAGAUGUAAGUUAUUGCAGCAUUUUCUCUACUAAGAACAGAGGGAUGCAUCCAGUCUUGUGGAACUUUCUUUUUUUGCUAUGAUAUUUAGAAAUGAAGUUUUUUCAAUUAGCAAUUAAUGCUUACCUUGUCUUUUAAACAUAUACAAGCUAACAGCAGCAGUGUAAGAGUCCUGUUUUGCCUGUCUUCAUUCAUUACAGGCAAUCAAAUUAGCCAAGAUAUUUAUGUACAUAUGUUUCACAUUUAUUUGUUUGUUUUGUUCAAUAUUUAA